AAAAGGGCGGGGACUCUGGGCAGCGGUUGUGGAGUGCCGCGGGUCCACAGUGCUGCACUGAGCGGAGAGGAAGGGGCGUCCCGGGAUAUUUGGAGGAUAAAGGGUGAUGACCACACCUGCCGGCUCCGGCAGGGGUUUCGGCUCCGUGUCCUGGUGGGGCCUGUCCCCGGCCCUGGACCUGCAGGCUGAAAGUCCUCCUGUGGACCCAGACUCCCAGGCCGAUACGGUGCACAGGACCCCCGAGCUAGAUGUGCUGCUUCUGGGCUCUGUGGAUGGACGGCACCUGCUGCGGACCCUGUCCCGAGCGAAGCUCUGGCCUCGCAGGAGGUUCAACUUCUUUGUGCUGGAGAAUAAUCUGGAAGCUGUGGCCCGACACAUGCUGAUCUUCAGCCUAGCCCUGGAGGAACCGGAGAAGAUGGGGCUGCAAGAGCGGAGCGAGACCUUCCUGGAAGUGUGGGGGAACGCGCUGCUGCGCCCGCCAGUGGCCGCCUUCGUGCGCGCCCAGGCCGACCUGCUGGCGCACCUCGUCCCCGAGCCCGACCGCCUGGAGGAACAGCUGCCCUGGCUCAGCCUCCGCGCCCUCAAGUUCCGCGAGCGGGAUGCCCUGGAGGCCGUGUUCCGCUUCUGGGCUGGCUGUGAGAAAGGGCCCGAGGCCUUCCCCAUGAACCGCCUCUGGGACUCGCGGCUGCGCCACUACCUGGGCUCCCGCUACGACGCCCGGCGCGGUGUCAGCGACUGGGACCUGCGCAUGAAGCUGCAUGACCGCGGAGCCCAAGUCAUUCACCCCCAGGAGUUCCGACGCUGGCGGGACACAGGCGUCGCCUUUGAACUCAGGGACUCCAGCGCCUAUCAUGUACCCAACCGGACCCUUGCGUCCGGUCGCCUCCUGAGCUACGUGCGUGUCCACUGCCUGUCCUGGCCCACUGCUGCUUCUCGGAGUCCUAGGAGUCAGGGUCCCCAACAUCGACCUCACCUGCCUCCUCUCUCCCUCCUUUUCCAGCGUGGGGAGCGCGUGGCAGCGCGCGGGUACUGGGGGGACAUCGCCACGGGGCCCUUCGUGGCCUUCGGCAUUGAAGCGGACGACGAGAGCCUCCUGCGGACCAGCAACGGCCAGCCAGUCAAGACGGCCGGGGAGAUCACUCAACACAACGUGACGGAGCUGCUCCGCGAGGUGGCCGCCUGGGGGCGCGCGAGAGCCACCCGCGGGGACCCGGAGGAGCAGCAGCACGCGGAGGGAAGCCCGGAGCCAGGGACUGCAGCAGCCCCCACCCCGGAAUCUUUCACCAUCCACUUCCUGCCGCUCAAUUCUGCUCAGACUCUCCACCACAAGAGCUGCUACAACGGCCGAUUCCAGCUCCUCUAUGUGGCCUGUGGGAUGGUCCAUCUUCUCAUCCCUGAGCUUGGGGCCUGUGUGGCACCCGGAGGGAACCUGAUUGUGGAAUUAGCCCGGUACCUGGUGGACUUGCGGCAGGAGCAGCUGCAGGGAUUCAACACCCGGGUCGGGGAGCUAGCUCAGGCAGCUGGAUUCGCUCCACAGACCGGAGCUAGGCCUUCAGAGAUCUUCGCACGUUUCUGCAAGUCCCAGGAAUCGGCUCUGGGCAACACUGUCCCAGCUGUGGAACCCGGAACUCCGCCCCUUGACGUCCUGGCCCAGCCUCUUGAAGCCAGCAGCCCAGCCCUUGAGGGCCUGACCCAGCCUCUGCAGGGCGGGACCCCACACUGUGAGCCGUGCCAGCUGCCCUCUGAGGCUCCAGGUUCACUCUCAGAGGUUCUGACUCAGCCUCAGGGGGCCUUGGCUCUGCCCAACUGUGAGUCAGACUCCAAAACUGGAGUCUGACCCAACCCCUAGACACCCCUUAUCUCCAACUUCCAAAGUCAGGUUGUAGGAUGAGAACCCGCUGAUACCAUUCUAAGUCCGCUGCUAGAGUCCUCAAUUUUAUUCUAAUCAUUCCCACUCAGUACCUGCCACCCCCACCCCGGGAAUGUUGGUAGAAUUUCAAAUUCCAUUUCUGAGAUUCUAUGGUCUAUUCCUAGAAUUCUAGAUAUUUCUCUCAGAAUUCCAAAUUCCACUUCUGAGGCUCUAAACCCAGCCUAGGAUCUGACCCUGAGUCUCAGGCCCUUGACUUUGGCCCCCUUGUUCCCAGGCACCCUGUGGCUGACUAGGGGCUGGGGUGUCUCCUCACCAGGGCCUGGUCAGCACCCAGAUGGUUCAAGUAAAGCAAGUUGUGUCCACCCUUCUGUGUGUCCAAGCAUCUUUCCUGUCCUAUGUCCGUCUCCAGGGCUGGGAGAGAAAGGCCCAGGAGUGGUGGACAGAGGAAGCCAGAAACCAGAUUCCUGGGUUUCCAAGUGGACGAGGGAUGGAUUUCUCAGUGUUAUUGACUGAGAGCUACCCCCCAGCACAGCUGCAUCCUCAAAUUAAUCAACAACAUUUAUUGAGUGGCCUGGACUCCUGGGUCUGAGGGGAGAGGGAUUGGGGUCCUGGACUCCUGGGUCUGAGGGAGGAGGGGCUGGGAGCCUGGACUCCUGGGUCUGAGGGAAGAGGGGCUGGGGGCCUGGACUCCUGGGUCUGAGGGAGGAGGAGCUGAGGGUCCAGACUCUUGAGUCUGAGAGAAGAGUGUGCUGCGAGCCUGCCUGGACUCCUUGUCUGAGGGAGGGGCUGGGGGCCUGGAACCCUGAGUCUGAGGGAGGAGGGGCUGGGGCCCUGGACUCCUGGGUCUAAGGGAGGAGCUGGGGGCCUGUGUAGGGAAAAGAAAGAGAGAUCAGACUGUCACUGUGUCUACGUAGAAAGGGAAGACAUAAGAGACUCCAUUUUGAAAAAGACCUGUACUUUAAACAAUUGCUUUGCUGAGAUGUUGUUAAUUUGUAGCUUUGCCCCAGCCACUUUGACCCAGCCACUUUGACCCAGUUUGGAGCUCACAAAAACAUGUGUUGUAUAAAAUCAAGGUUUAAGGGAUCUAGGGCUGUGCAGGACAUGCCUUGUUAACAAAAUGUUUACAAGCAGUAUACUUGAUAAAAGUCAUUGCCAUUCUCUAGUCUCAAUAAACCAGGGGCACAAUGCACUGUGGAAAGCUGCAGGGACUUCUGCCCUUGGAAACGGGGUAUUGUCCAAGGUUUCUCCCCAUGUGAUAGUCUGAAAUAUGGCCUCGUGGGAUGAGAAAGACCUGACUGUCCCCCAGCCAGACACCCAUAAAGGGUCUGUGCUGAGGUGGAUAGUAAAAGAGGAAGGCCUCUUGCAGUCGAGAUAGAGGAAGGCCACUGUCUCCUGCCUGCCCCUGGGAACUGAAUGUCUCGGUAUAAAACCCAAUUGUACAUUUGUUCAGUUCUGAGAUAGGAGAAAAACCGCCUUAUGGUGAGAGGCGAGAUAUGUUUGCAGCAAUGCUGCCUUGUUAUUCUUUACUCCGCUGAGAUGUUUGGGUGGAGAGAAACAUAAAUCUGGCCUACGUGCACGUCCAGGCAUAGUACUUUCCCUUGAACCUAAUUAUGACAUAGAUUCAUUUGCUCACAUGUUUUUUGCUGACCUUCUCUUAUUAUCACCCUGCUCUCCUACUACAUUCCUUUUUGCUGAAAUAAUGAAAAUAAUAA